GAGGACUAAAGGAAAGGAUUAUAGGACACCAUGAACUUGAUCUACUUCACCACCAUCAUUGCAGUAGCCACAGCAGCCCAGCUGCCUUCACCUUCCUACCUCCCCCAAAACCAGGGAAAUGGGGGAUUUGGAGGAGGAAAUGGAGGGUUCGGGGGUGGUAACGGGAAUACAAGACCGCAGCAGGCUGCUGAGAAAAAUGCUGCCAUCUUGAAACAGGAUCAAGAGAUUAAUGACAAUGGUUUCCACUACAGCUACGAAACCUCCAACGGCAUCAGGGCAGAGGAAGGUGGAGACGCCUCUCAAACCCAGGGUGGUUUCUCAUACAAAGGGGACGAUGGCAACACCUACACCAUCGUCUUCACUGCAGGAGAAGGAGGCUUCAGGCCCCAGGGUGACCAUCUCCCGGUAGCUCCACCCACUCCGCAGGCGAUUCUUGAAGCGUUGGCGCAGAAUGCAAAGGAUGAAGCUGCGGGCAUCUUUGAUGAUGGCAAAUACCGCCCUGAUUCCAACGGCAAAGGCAAUGGUAACGGUUUCAGCUCUGCUAACCACCAAGGCAGCUUCAACUCCGGCUCAGGAUAUCGGUACUAA